AAUGCAGAUUUUUUUGAAAAAAAAGGGAGAGUUUUAUUUUUUAUUUUUGGCUCAAUUUCUUUUUCUUUAAAUGUAUUAUGUUGAUCAUACCAGACCACCAUGGGUAGACAUUGCUUUACCUCCAGCUAUUAUCCUUCCAGCAACUACACUCAUCACAUUGUACGCCGUGGUACUUGGUCUCGAUUAUAGUCUACUGAGUAAUGAACGUUACUUACGAAAAUACAUUUCCGCCACCCAACUACGCAUCGGCAUGGCCCUCAUGCAUAUCAUUUUACCCAUGAUAUUUAUAUCCAACCACCCUCCAUGCAAUAUUCUGUUCGCUGCAGGGCCGUGGUUUAUCGCCUCUUAUGCUGCGCAUAUGCCCACAGACACACUGACCUUCAAAAAAUGCGUGUACGAUCUAUUCAAGGUGACCAUCCAAGACGAUAAAGAUACAGACAAAGCAAAAAUUCGAUACAAAGGUGUAGCCAAAGUGUCAUUGGGUGUAUUUAAACUGAUAUGGAUGCGAAUGUUUAUUAAUCCAUUGUUACCUGUGCAUCCGGAUGAUGCGUUGGAAUAUGCUUGGCUACAUCCUAUGAGCUUGAUUUAUACGAUAUUAUUUGGGAUCAAGGCCUAUUGCUUAUUGGGUGCUGUGGAUAUUUUUAUGGGAUUGGAACAGACUUUAUUUGCAUGGAAUAUGGUGGAUCUUUUUGAUUCGCCUAUUCUUGCUACGAGCCCAAGAGACUUUUGGAGAGAUGGAAUAAAGUGGUUCGAAACCUGUUGCAUACACAAGUAUUUUCAAGCGGAACACAAACAAAGAAAGGAAUAGCAAAGAAAAGCUCAUCUUCAUACUGGUCGAGUCGAUCUAUACGUGGCCUACUUUCAUUUAUGAUUAGCGGAUUGUUUCAUGAAUUGAUUAUUAUGAGUGCAUGCAGAAGAAUCACACUGGAGAACUUUGCAUUUUUCACGCUUCAAGGGGUAGCGGUGAUGAUUGAAGUCACAUUACGUCAAGGCGCUUUGAAAGAAGAGCGA